UACUAGAGGUCAAUGCUUGCCAUCGAUCGGUUUGCAUUAUUGAAUAUAGCGGUUCACAUGUGCUAACGGCGACAGACCCGUUCGUAGUGAGACAUGGCUCUACAACGACUGGGAUGUACGGCGUGUACCUGUCUUCAAAGACAGUUCGUACGACAGGGAUAUUCCUGGCAGGCAAUUUCUUCACGAAGGAGGGCUCACAAACUCAUCAACCCGGAGUUCCCUGACAAUCGGUUUUCAACUGUGUAUCGGGAUAUACAUGGGUCGGUGGAAGAUUCGUCUACUGCUAGGGACUUCAUUUUUGCCCUGAAGCCUCACGAAAGAACUCUGCUAUCUAACGAAUUGAAGACUUUUGAAAGUGAAAACGAAAGUACGACAGGCCCCAUCGAAGUGCACCCUCCAACAUCAGGACAGCUAAAGAGAGUGACGCUCCACAAUGCGAUUCCAUUUAUCGGCUUUGGUUUUCUAGACAACUUCAUAAUGAUCAUGGCUGGGGAAUACAUCGAUACCUACUUUGGGGCGGUACUCGGUAUAUCUACCAUGGCAGCUGCGGCCCUUGGAAAUUGGCUUUCUGAUCUGGCAGGAGUCGGGACUGCCCAUUAUGUAGAAUAUGUGUUCAGUAAAUUUGGAGUGAGGUCACCGGCCCUGCUACCUGAACAGGUGGAUAUGAAGCAGACGAGAUAUGCCUCUAAUAUGGGACGGGCAGUUGGCAUCAGUAUCGGCUGUAUAUUGGGAAUGUUUCCUUUACUGUUUCUGAAAGGACGGGAGGAUGAGGACCCAACAGAGGACAAGUCCUAGUAAAGGCCAUGGUUUAGGAUAUUCUAAUUUUUAUAUAGACAGUGCAAUAGAUUUGUUUGUUGUUACCAAGCCAAAGCAACAGUCAUCCCAUCACUCAUUGACAGUUGUCUAUACAGUAGAUCUCAUUAGAUCAGAAACUGAAGUUUCUUUGUGUUGCUGAAACAGGAAUUAUGAUGAAUAAUAGCAGUCAGGAGUUAAUGUAUUUGACAAGAUUAAUUCUAAUGUAAUGUACCUUAAUUGUCUAAAUUGACUAUAAGAACACAGGGAUUGACUCUAAUAUACCGUAAUUGUCCUGUCUCUAGACACAGGGAUUGACUCUAAUAUACCGUAAUUGUCCUGUCUCUAGACACAGGGAUUGACUCUAAUAUACCGUAAUUGUCCUGUCUGUAGACACAGGGAUUGACUCUAAUGUACCGUAAUUGUCCUGUCUCUAGACACAGGGAAUGACUCUAAUGUACCGUAAUUGUCCUGUCUCUAGACGCUAAUGUACCAUAAUUGUCCUGUCUCUAGACACAUGGAAUGACUCUAAUGUACCGUAAUUGUCCUGUCUCUAGACACAGGGAUUGACUCUAAUGUACCAUAAUUGUCCUGUCUCUAGACACAGGGAAUGACUCUAAUGAACCGUAAUUGUCCUGUCUGUAGACACAGGGAUUGACUCUAAUGUACCGUAAUUGUCCUGUCUGUAGACACAGGGAUUGACUCUAAUGUACCGUAAUUGUCCUGUCUGUAGACACAGGGAUUGACUCUAAUGUACCGUAAUUGUCCUGUCUCUAGACACAGGGAUUGACUCAAAUGUACCGUAAUUGUCCUGUCUCUAGACACAGGGAUUGACUCUAAUGUACCGUAAUUGUCCUGUCUCUAGACACAGGGAUUGACUCUAAUGUACCGUAAUUGUCCUGUCUCUAGACACAGGGAUUGACUCAAAUGUACGGUAAUUGUCCUGUUUCUUGAUUGAUACCAACCCUGAUUGUAACCAUUUAUCCUGGUUUAGAAGAGAUUGGUGUAACUAUUGUAUUACCUUUGAUAUCUGAUUCUUACUUUCUCAUCCUUUUUUUCAAUGGAUGAGAGUUUUAUUUGAUAUAUUUUUAUAAUCAAGAUGUACAGUAGACUGUAUUAUUGAGGAUUACUGUGAUGGCAUUAAGAAAGUACUGCCUUCAACACCUUUUAAUUUGUUGAAUAUUUUUAACUAAGAUUCUAAAAUCAUGUGUCGAUAAUGAUUAUGCUUGGCCAGAGUGAUUAUAGUAAUUCAGUUAUUCAGUUCAUUUGGAAAAAGGACAUCGAUUAGAUUUGGUCUAGAAAAUGUGUAGUCAUCUUUAUUGAUGCUGUUUGACAUCUCAGAUAGUACAGCAUCUCAGAUAUUUUGUAUAUUUUGAAGCUUUUUAGUCCUAUAUCUAUCUUAAAUAAUUACUGCUAUAUAUUUUAUUUAUAAAUUGUUUAUUGAAACCUUGUUAUAUUGCCAUUAUUUGUACAGCAAAACUUUUUUAUACUGCCAAAUUGAACUGUAAAAUCUUUCUAUGCUGGCAAUUUGUACAGUAAAACCUUGUGAUACAUUGUAUGUCCGUUAUUUCACUUACCAAGUUUUGCAUUAAAAAGAGAUUUGUCGUUUUAUGGAUGUAGAUGAAUGACAUAUUCCCUCCGUUAAAGACUUUUUGUUGAAAACUAAUAAGGGGAAGAGGACAUUGAAAUUUAACCAGAAAAGUUGUUUGCAUUAUAUAAAAGGUUUGGGAUAUAUAUUGAGGGAAUCUCAUAAUGGUUUCUAGCAAAAAGGGAGAUGUGACUUUCAGUUUCAAAUGUUUCAGGAAGUUAUUGCAUUAAAGUAAGGAACACAUAUCAGGUAUAUUAAUGUUUCCUUGUAGGAAACUUUGUUUUUACUUGAAUGACUUCCACUGAAAUGGAUUUGGUUUCAUGAGAACUUCUUUACAAGGACUGACUCCAGGUUAUAUUAGUUGUAUGAAUUAAUCCCAACUCUCUCCUGUAUAACAGCACUAUCAACAGGUAGUAACUAAAUUGACGAUGUAUGGGCCCUUCCCCUACACUGCUAGAGUUCAUUGAGAGGGUUGCUAAUUAACUUAACCAUAUGUAGACCCCUCCCUUCACUACUAGAGUUCUCAAAGAUGUAAUCAGUGAGCAAAAUGCUGCUGGAAGACAUUUUGUUAGUAUUCUCAAUGGCAACAAAUAUUCAAUAGAAGAUUUAUAUUGAUAUUUUCUGAACAAAAGGGCAUUAAGUCUAUCAUAAUAUAAUAAUGAAAGUGCCAAAAAGUUAACAAAUUAAAGAGCUGAAUGUCGUUGCCUUCAUUCAGAUGUGCUAUAUAUUUAGUAUAUUUACAUAGGUCAAGGCAGAUGUACACUGAUGAGCAGUAAGGCUUGUUUAUAACAAUUAAACCAGUGCAAUAUUAGAAAAUUUCAUUAUUCAAAUAAAAUUAUUGAUUUUGACAUAAAUGUAUGAAAAAUACAGAAAACAUAAACAAUUAAUGUAUAAUAGCCAAUCAAAAUGCUUGAAUAUUGUAUGUUUGUUAUUGUCCUUGAAUGUGGUGUCAGAAGUUAGACAUCCCAAAAGGUCCUGAAACCCUCAUACUGUUUGUAUCAGGCUCAUUUUAUUCAUGUUUAAGAUUCUGACUAUGAAUAUCAUUUGUUCACUACUUGUGUGGCAAAGUACAUUCACUUGUACAGCCAAGUUAGGUGUGUUUAUCAUGCUAGGUGGGGUUACCAAGUUAGAUGUAGUUGUCAAGUUAGGUGGGGUUACCAAGUUAGAUGUAGUUGUCAAGUUAGGUACGGUUACCAAGUUAGAUGUAGUUGUCAAGUUAGGUGGGGUUACCAAGUUAGAUGUGGUUAUCAAGUUAGAUGUGGUUAUCAAGUUAGGCGUGGUUAUCAAGUUAGAUGUAGUUGUCAAGUUAGGUGGGGGUUACCAAGUUAGGUGUGGUUAUCAUGCUAGGUACGGUUACCAAGUUAGAUGUAGUUGUCAAGUUAGGUGGGGUUACCAAGUUAGAUGUAGUUGUCAAGUUAGGUGGGGGUUGCCAAGUUAGAUGUGGUUAUCAAGUUAGAUGUGGUUAUCAAGUUAGGUGAGGUUAUACCAAGUUAGGUGUGGUUAUCAAGUAAGGUGAGGUUACCAAGUUAGGUGUGGUUAUCAAGUUAGGUGAGGUUACCAAGUUAGGUGUGGUUAUCAAAUUAGGUGGUGUUACCAAGUUAAAUGUGGUCACCAAGAUGUGUGGUUACCAGUGAAAUUAGGUGUGGUUACCAAGUUUAGUGUUAUUACCAAGUAAGAUGUGGUUUGAUAUCAAGUUAGGUUUUGAAUGCCAAGUGAGGUGUGUUUACCUUGUUUUGUAUGAUUACCAAGUUAAGUUUGAUUACCCAUUUGAGGUGUGGUUACCAAGUUAAGUGUGAUUACCUUGUUAGGUGUGAUUACCUAGCUUUGUAUGGUUACCAAGUUAAGUGUGAUUACCGUGUGAGGUGUGGUUACCAAGUUCUGUGUGGUUACCAAGUUCUGUGUGUUUACCAAGUUCUGUGUGGUUACCAAGUUCUGUGUGGUUACCAAGUUCUGUGUGUUUACCAAGUUCUGUGUGGUUACCAAGAUCUGUGUGGUUACCAUGUGAGGUGUGGUUACGGAGUAAUGUAAGACAAGGUUAUCAAGUUUAACCUACUUAGUCUACCAAAAUAAAAUUUAUAGUGAUUUUACUUAGAUUCUUUAGACUUGGGUUUCUGAAUCAUGUAUGUUUUUAAAAAUUCAUAUAGCUCUGAUAUAAAUGUAUACCUUAUUUGAAUCUAUAAGAUUGUGUAAAUUGGAGGCCAAAAGGAAUGGGAGUUAUAGUUAUUGAAUUAAAGAACACAUUCUAGAUUUGAAAUCUAGAUUUUAUAAUUUGUGUCCUAUCAUUUUUAAUCAAAGGCCCAGUGUUCAUUUUAGGCCAGAUGGUUGAGGAGAAGAAAGUUUUAUCAUAAGGAUUCCUACCUACACAGUUCAGAUUCCACACAGGUGUGGGUAUGAGGUAUUUGACUCCACACAGGUGUGGGUAUGAGGUAUGUGACUCCUCACAGGUGAGGGUACUAGGUAUUUGUGACUCCACACAUGUGUGGGUACUAGGUAUUUGUGACUCCUCACAGGUGUGGGUGCUAGGUAUUUGUGACUCCACACAGGUGUGGAUGCUACGUAUUGGAGACUCCUCACAGGUGUGGGUACUAGGUAUUUGUGACUCCUCACAGGUGUUGGUACUAGGUAUUUGUCUCCUCACAGGUGUGGGUACUAGGUAUUUGUCUCCUCACAGGUGUGGGUACUAGGUAUUUGUGACUCCACACAGGUGUGGGUGCUAGGUAUUGGAGACUCCUCACAGGUGUGGGUACUAGGUAUUUGUGACUCCACACAGGUGAGGGUACUAGGUAUUUGUGACUCCUCACAGGUGUGGGUACUAGGUAUUUGUGACUCCACACAGGUGUGGGUACUAGGUAUUUGUGACUCCUCACAGGUGAGGGUACUAGGUAUUUGUGACUCCACACAGGUCAGGGUACUGGGUAUUUGUGACUCCACACAGGUCAGGGUACUAGGUAUUUGUGACUCCACACAGGUGAGGGUACUAGGUAUUUGUGACUCCACACAGGUGUGGGUACUAGGUAUUUGUGACUCCACACAGGUGAGGGUACUAGGUAUUUGUGACUCCACACAGGUGAGGGUACUAAGUAUUGGAGACUCCACACAGGUGUGGGUACUAGGUAUUGGAGACUCCACACAGGUGAGGGUACUAGGUAUUGGAGACUCCACACAUACAGGUGUGGGUGCUAGGUAUUUGAGACUCCUCACAGGUGUGGGUACUAGGUAUUGGUGACUCCUCACAGGUGUGGGUACUAGGUAUUUGUGACUCCUCACAGGUGUGGGUACUAGGUAUUGGAGACUCCACACAGGUGUGGGUACUAGGUAUUUGUGACUCCACACAGGUGAGGGUACUAGGUAUUUGUGACUCCUCACAGGUGUGGGUACUAGGUAUUGGAGACUCCACACAGGUGUGGGUACUAGGUAUUUGUGACUCCUCACAGGUGUGGGUACUAGGUAUUUGUGACUCCUCACAGGUGUGGGUACUAGGUAUUGGAGACUCCACACAGGUGUGGGUACUAGGUAUUUGUGACUCCACACAGGUGAGGGUACUAGGUAUUUGUCUCCUCACAGGUGUGGGUACUAGGUAUUUGUGACUCCACACAGGUGUGGGUACUAGGUAUUGGAGACUCCACACAGGUAUGGGUACUAGGUAUUUGUGACUCCACACAGGUGAGGGUACUAGGUAUUUGUGACUCCACACAGGUGUGGGUACUAGGUAUUUGUGACUCCACACAGGUGUGGGUACUAGGUAUUUGUGACUCCACACAGGUGUGGGUACUAGGUAUUUGUCUCCACACAGGUGUGGGUACUAGGUAUUGGAGACUCCACACAGGUGUGGGUACUAGGUAUUGGUGACUACACACAGGUGAGGGUACUAGGUAUUUGUGACUCCACACAGGUGAGGGUACUAGGUAUUUGUGACUCCUCACAGGUGUGGGUACUAGGUAUUGGAGACUCCACACAGGUGAGGGUACUAGGUAUUUGUGACUCCACACAGCUGAGGGUACUAGGUAUUUGUGACUCCACACAGGUGUGGGUACUAGGUAUUGGAGACUCCACACAGGUGUGGGUACUAGGUAUUUGUGACUCCUCACAGGUGUGGGUACUAGGUAUUGGAGACUCCACACAGGUGAGGGUACUAGGUAUUUGUGACUCCACACAGGUGAGGGUACUAGGUAUUUGUGACUCCACACAGGUGUGGGUACUAGGUAUUGGAGACUCCACACAGGUGUGGGUACUAGGUAUUUGUGACUCCUCACAGGUGUGGGUACUAGGUAUUGGAGACUCCACACAGGUGUGGGUACUAGGUAUUUGUGACUCCUCACAGGUGUGGGUACUAGGUAUUGGAGACUCCACACAGGUGUGGGUACUAGGUAUUUGUGACUCCACCCAGGUGAGGGUACUAGGUAUUUGUCUCCUCACAGGUGAGGGUACUAGGUAUUGGAGACUCCACACAGGUGUGGGUACUAGGUAUUUGUCUCCUCACAGGUGAGGGUACUAGGUAUUUGUGACUCCACACAGGUGUGGGUACUAGGUAUUGGAGACUCCACACAGGUGUGGGUACUAGGUAUUUGUGACUCCACACAGGUGAGGGUACUAGGUAUUUGUGACUCCACCCAGGUGAGGGUACUAGGUAUUUGUCUCCUCACAGGUGAGACUACUAGGUAUUUGUGACUCCACACAGGUGUGGGUACUAGGUAUGUGUGACUCCACACAGGUGUGGGUACUAGGUAUUUGUGACUCCACACAGUUGUGGGUACUAGGUAUUUGUGACUCCACACAGGUGAGGGUACUAGGUAUUUGUGACUCCACACAGGUGAGGGUACUAGGUAUUUGUGACUCCACCCAGGUGAGGGUACUAGGUAUUUGUCUCCUCACAGGUGAGACUACUAGGUAUUUGUGACUCCACACAGGUGUGGGUACUAGGUAUGUGUGACUCCACACAGGUGUGGGUACUAGGUAUGUGUGACUCCACACAGGUGUGGGUACUAGGUAUUUGUGACUCCACACAGGUGAGGGUACUAGGUAUUUGUGACUCCACACAGGUGUGGGUACUAGGUAUUUGUGACUCCACACAGGUGUGGGUACUAGGUAUUUGUGACUCCACCCAGGUGUGGGUACUAGGUAUUUGUGACUCUUCACAGGUGUGGGUACUAGGUAUUGGAGACUCCACACAGGUGUGGGUACUAGGUAUUUGUGACUCCUCACAGGUGUGGGUACUAGGUAUUGGAGACUCCACACAGGUGUGGGUACUAGGUAUUUGUGACUCCACCCAGGUGAGGGUACUAGGUAUUUGUCUCCUCACAGGUGAGGGUACUAGGUAUUGGAGACUCCACACAGGUGUGGGUACUAGGUAUUUGUCUCCUCACAGGUGAGACUACUAGGUAUUUGUGACUCCACACAGGUGUGGGUACUAGGUAUUGGAGACUCCACACAGGUGUGGGUACUAGGUAUUUGUGACUCCACACAGGUGAGGGUACUAGGUAUUUGUGACUCCACCCAGGUGAGGGUACUAGGUAUUUGUCUCCUCACAGGUGAGACUACUAGGUAUUUGUGACUCCACACAGGUGUGGGUACUAGGUAUGUGUGACUCCACACAGGUGUGGGUACUAGGUAUUUGUGACUCCACACAGUUGUGGGUACUAGGUAUUUGUGACUCCACACAGGUGAGGGUACUAGGUAUUUGUGACUCCACCCAGGUGAGGGUACUAGGUAUUUGUCUCCUCACAGGUGAGACUACUAGGUAUUUGUGACUCCACACAGGUGUGGGUACUAGGUAUGUGUGACUCCACACAGGUGUGGGUACUAGGUAUGUGUGACUCCACACAGGUGUGGGUACUAGGUAUUUGUGACUCCACACAGGUGAGGGUACUAGGUAUUUGUGACUCCACACAGGUGUGGGUACUAGGUAUUUGUGACUCCACACAGGUGUGGGUACUAGGUAUUUGUGACUCCACCCAGGUGAGGGUACUAGGUAUUUGUCUCCUCACAGGUGAGGGUACUAGGUAUUUGUCUCCACACAGGUGUGGGUACUGGGUAUUUGUGACUCCUCACAGGUGAGGGUACUAGGUAAUGGAGACCCCUCACAGGUGAGGGUACUUGGUAUUUGAAAUUAAGUUUUAUAAUAUUGUACAUUUUAUUCUCUUGAUUCCAUGUUUGUUAUACACAGUAUUUUACUGUACAAAGUGCCCUAUUACUAUCAUGCUUCAUUAACUUAGAGAAAGUUAUCUUUUUAUAUUUCACUGGUUUUAUAUCAAACAAACAUCGAUAAGUUUUAAACCACUGUUUACUUUCCUUGUUUUUUCUGUCUUCUUCCCCUUAAUAAUGUGUUUUGUAUACAAAUGUACAUGAUUUUAAAUUAGUCUUCGCUUUUUUUAUUAAAGAUAAAUUUUAUUAUUAAUAAUGCAAUAUUUUUGUCAAAGAGAAUACAUUAUAUUUAAAAAUAGGUCUUUUGAGCAGACCAAACAAUGCAUCUUGUUGAUAAGACUAAAUACCCGGUAGUGAUAUUUUUAUAUAUCUACCACGGAAGUAUCUAUAUUUUUGUCAGACUGUCCAAGUUCUACCACUUAAGUGGAAUUUCUUCUUUUGUUUGUUAAAGUCUGUCAAAGAAAAAUAACUUCCUAAUGACUGUGUUAUGCUGAACUAGAAAAUGAGACAGGUGCAUACUAUUAAAUUAAAGGAACUUCAAGGUCAAAGUCAUAAAUAUGACUUUCAACUCAAGGUCACCUUGUUCCAAUAAUAUGCCAAGAACUAAGAGACAUAUAGGUGACAUUUACUGAUUAAUUAUUAGACACCUUUAUUGUGUUUCCUGGAUUUGCAAUACUUGAAGAAAUUUUACUGAAUAUGUGUAUUUUGACAAUGUUUAGUAGUUCAUAUGAUUAAGUUUAUUUUGAUGAAAUAUCCAUAGUGAUACAAAUUUUGUUGAGAAAAAGAAAUGUUUUAUAGGAUCUAAGUCCUAGGUUAACCUGUUUGUAUAUUACAGAAUGUCUUGUGAAAGUCGACAUGGUGAAUCACUAACAAAUCAUGAACAAAUGCUUUAAGUAUAAAAUGUAUCUGAUUUAUCAUGGACCAAUCACAAGUAGAUCAACAUCAGCUUUGUGUGAAUGACAAUAUUUUCAGGUCAAAAAUAUAAGAAGUCUUCCUGAAGGCCAUAAGCUUUAUAUGAAUGACAAUAUUUUCAGGGUGAAAAAUGAGUCUUCCUGAUCGAAGGACAAAGAGUAAUGGAAAUGUUUGAAACCAUAGGGAUACUUUGUAUGUUCAUACUAAUGGUAUAGCUUUCCUUUUUAGCAAGGGAAUUAACUCUUUCAUGCUUAGAAAUUUUAGAACAUAUGACUUUGCAAUUAACUUCUAUAGAUAAAGCUUACAUAUUAUAUCUUGCUUCAUUUAUCAUAUUUCAUAUGUAUUUCUGAUCAAUACAACUUAGGAAUAAUGUUUAUAUAUAUACAUGGACAUAAACUACAAUGUAGAAAAAAGUAUCAUAUCAAUUUGAAAUACAGCUUCAGCAUUUCACUGAAGUAAGAUAUCACUACUUGUAGGAUGAACACAUUGACACCUGUCAUAAAGACCAUUUGUCUAUAAAGGUUAUCUGUGUAUAAAGGCCUGUCUAUUUAAGUUACCUGUGUAUAAAGGUCUGUCUAUAUAGGCAAUUUGUGUAUAAUGGCAACAUGUUUAUGUAGGUAACCUGUGUACAAAGGCCACCUGUCUACAUAGGUCACCUAUGUAUAUUAGCACCAUACAUGUUUAUGUUGGUAACCUGUGUAUAAAGGCCACCUGUCUACAUAGGUCAGCUGUGUAUUGUUUAUGUUGGUAACCUGUGUAUAAAGGCCACCUGUCUACAUAGGUCACCUGUGUAUAAUAGCACCAUACAUGAUUAUGCUGGUAACCUGUGUAUAAGGCCACCUGUCUAUUAGGUAACCUGCAUAUUCAUGUCAUGUCUAUAUAGGGUACCUGUGUAUGAAGACCACCCAUCUAUAGAUGUUUUUGACCCUGCUGUAGGUGAAAGUUUUUAUGUACCUCUGGUGUUUAUUUAAAGAAAUGUGUAGUAGUGCUAAACUAUUCAUUAACUACCCUAUAAAGCUACAACAGUAUAUAAUUAUAUAACAUUCCGUGCAGCUGGCAUAACUACCAUACUUAUCUUGUAAAAAGCCAACACCGAUAUCUGACUAAGGCGGGUUUAGGCCAUUACAUGACUAUGAAACUGUACAUGUUGGCAUAUCUACUAAACUGUAAAAUAUAUCAGCAGGCUUACUGACAGGCAUGGGCUUCUUCCAGGUUAAUUAUGAUGACAUUACAAAGAUUUAAGUUUGGUUAAAAAUGAUAUUUUGCAUUAUUGCUGCAUUGGAAUUCUUAGUAAAUAGGCAUACUUUUGUGCAUAUACCGUAGAAUGAAAUGAUACAAGUAUAUAGCCGAUGUGUACAUAUACAUAAAAGUACUUAAUAACUAUUGUGACCAAAAAAUUCUCUUUGUCUUUUAAAUCAGUAUUAUGUUAGAUUUAGUGACAUAUAUUGUCAUUAGUUUAUAAUAACAACAAAAUGUAUCUACAUAAUGAUCGACGAAAAUCACAGGGACUUCAUACAACCAACCAUGUAAUCCAUAUUUGUGUAUUACAUAUAUUAUAUACUAGCCGUGUGGCCAGAUGGAUGCUGUGUUAAUCUACAUUCGUUAUUAUUGUUUCCUUUGACAACAAUUAACGGGAAAACAAUUUUGAUACUUAAAAUUUACAUAUCUUAACUUUGGUGCAAUCAAAUUAACUUACAGGAACUCAUGAUAAAAAAAACAAGUUCUCAUAAAAUGCCAUCUUCAAAUUUUGAAUCAGUGUUGACAGUCAUUAGGCAAAUAUGAUUUUUUUAUCAUUGGUGAUUGAUGCAGGCCCUAUGAGCCUCUUCUCACUCAGUCAUUGCUGACUUUGAAAUAAGUAGCAUUGUUGAUUAUUAAUUAGGUUUAAGGAGUAAUGAGGUGUUUGUGUUUAAUCUAGUCAUUAAUUAUGAUAUUUAAUACACAGGGUAAUCAAAGUUUUAGAUGUACAUGUAUACUGUUGGGAAAUAGGUUUCACACCGAGUAGAAACAGGACAACAUUAUCAUUUGGAUGUUUUUAAGGGUUAAACAUCCUCAGACAUGGAAGGUUGUACAGACAGCUAUAUAUUACUUAUUAGGAUGUAAGAUUAAUGUUUCAUUUUUCUUCCUUAUCUACAUAUUUUCACCUAAAGAAAUUUAAAAACAUAAUUUGAAAUAAAAAUUGGAAGGAAUUUUAAAGUGACUUGUAUUUGAUUGCAUUGUAAUGUAAAGUUUCCUUUCCAUAAUCCUGAUACCUCAGGAAGAUAGUCUUUGGAUAAUAGAAAGCAGUAUUUUUUAAGUACAUGUAGCUCCCAAUGGGUACCGGUGUUUUUGAAGUUUUUUUCUUUUUAAGAUUUUGAUGUUGUUGAUUUUUUACUUUUAAACCCUUUUGUGUACAUUCCUUACAUUAUUACCUGUAGACACUGUUUGUGUUUUUUGUCCAUCUCUCUUUUUUUAGUGUAACCUAAUUUUUGGUCUGGUGAUUUUUUUUCUAGUAAAGGGAGUGAACUCCUGUGUAUUUGCUAAAUUAAUCCAAGGGAGACAACAAGUUAUAUGGCUGGCCAUAAACAAUUUUUUUUAAGAUUUAAUACUUGUUGAUAAUAACUAUGUUUGUUUUCUUAAUAUUUAAUACUUGUUAAUGAUAACUAAGUUCAAAUCUAAGGCUGGCCAACAACAACAUUUAUAAUUUUUCAAUUCGAGUAAUUUCAGGUGAAAUAUUUUAAAGAAUUUGGUUCAUGCUGUAGAUUUUAAAAUUUGUAUGUAUACAUGGUAUUUGUAUAUUUUUGAUUUAUUUUGCUGCAAUUCCUAAUCAGCAUGUAUAACAAUAUCAAGUGUAAGAAGAGAAAUUCUUAUGUAUGAAAAAGUAUGGUUAGUUUAUUUAAAGUACUUAAGAAUGUGAUUAGUAAUCCAUGUUUUCCUUCGAAGUCAGAAGAACACUUCAUUAAAUAUUCUAUCUGGACAAUAUAUGUUCAACCUGACCUGUAUGUAAUUAUUACCAAGGUAUAAAUAGCUCUAAUAAAUAUACUUAUUAGUAA